CACUUGUAUCAGUUCUUUGAAAGCUAUGAGUCGUUUCUGGACUUUGCUCACAGGCCUUCAUUCAUUAGCCGGGCCUGUGGUGAUGUUGCUGUAUCCAUUAUAUGCAUCGGUUAUAGCAAUAGAGAGUCCAGGAAAGGAAGACGAUGAACAAUGGCUUGCUUAUUGGAUUCUAUAUUCAUUUCUGACUUUAACAGAGAUGUUGUUUGAAUCAGUCUUAGAGUGGAUACCUAUUUGGUACUCGGUGAAGCUGUUGUUCAUAGCAUGGCUGGUUUUACCACAGUUCAAGGGAGCCACUUUCAUAUACGAAAGGUUUGUGAGGGAACAGAUUGUUAAAUAUGGGAUUUUGAGAGGCCGUCAUCCUGAUGGGAAGGCCAAGAAGAAAUUUGCGCACUUCAUGGCCCCAAAGAAAGGGGAGCAAGAGGCUUCCUGA